AUGCCCUCCAAACCAGACCAGCAGCGCCGCCUCUUCAACUUGUCCCAAGACACGAAGCCUGCCUCCAGGUCGAGCGAGCCCAGCUCCGGCAAGAACCAGGCCCAGCAGAGCGAGAGUGCCAAUAUGGGCCCCAACCAGUUGUUGGGCGAGCACAUGGAUGCGACCGGCAACCCUGUGCUUGACCCGCCAACGCCGACGAAGCAGGGCAAGGGCAACCUGACCGAGGAGCCUGACUUGUUCGAGGCGAUGAAUGCGGAAACGGCAGACUUUGACUAG